AUGAUGUCCGAAGGUGGCGUCUAUCCUUGGAAAAGGCAAGAUGUGGACAUCCAUCGUGGGCCCCCAGCAAGCUAUGCCGGUCUACAGAAUCCUCUUCCUGAACCACCAGAGAAUAUGCGAUGGAUCAAGGAUGAGGACACACGAGAAUGGAGUCUGGAACGAAAACUUGAGAAGGAUACAUUCUUCCAAGAAAUUACUCCAAAACCACGACUUGAAAAUCGCAACUAUUUCGAACACGAAAUCCAGCCCAGUGACACCUUCACUGGAAUUUGUUUACGUUAUAAAGUUUCAGCGGCACAAUUGCGAAAAGCAAAUGGUGGAUUCAGUGGUACCAAUCUAUUCCUAGCUCCGAAUCCAUUGAAGAUUCCCAGGCAAGAAAUGACCAAGCAGAAAUCAGGAGAAAACGAAGAAUCUUCAAAAAUGAGAGCUUCAGAUUCAUCUAGCAUUGGUAGAACAAGUCCGUCGCAAACCGAAAUUAGUCAAUCCGUAAAUGGGGUAUCAUCUCAAGCUACGACGAUUCUUAGUGAUGAUGAGGACGAUGAUGAUGAUUCCAAUGCUGCCAUGCAAGUAUUGCAAGACUCGUUGCGGUUCGAAAGCGAACGGCAGAAUCCAUUGCAGUUCGAAAGCGCCCGACUACCACCACCGCAACCAAUGGAGGAGCGUAGAACCUCGUCGACAACCACUCUUUAUCCACCUAUUGAGAGUAUUGAAGCCAUUGCUCGAAAUCAAAUUGAAUUAGAAGAAACCUGGAAAGCAGCUGCAGAACCCCAAAAAAUGAGUUAUCAAGAAACCAAGGCAGCUGCAGCAAUGAAAUCCUGCUGCGACGAUUGCGAUGGCAGUUCCUGCACUUGCGCUUCCUCAAACCCGCACAUGAGUCCCACUCGACAUCAUCAGUUUCCAUUCAUGGCACUUUCAAAUCCACACGCAGCAGCACGAGCGACAUCCUUGCGUGGUCCAACCUUAUAUCCUUCCAUAUUCCCUAACGGGCAUAACACCCCCCCACGCGCACUCGCAAGACGUUCUCGGGGUAUCGACUACGAUGACAUGGACGACCAUCACAAUCGCCAUGGUCAACUUCGAGAUGAUGACGAUGAUUUGCUUGCAAUGAAAAUGGCUGCCUAUGAAGGAGGAGGAGGAAGGGAAAGUAUGCCUCCAGUUGCCCGCAUGCCAUCGCAACAAGCAGAAGCUACAGUGGUUGACUACGAUGUACAUCCUGCGGACAUCUCUGUUCAUGCAGUUCAAGCUGAUCUGGUGGGACAGGAACACUAUCAUGGUGAUUCCCAAUACAACUCAUCCCAGGCUCAGGUCACAGACUACCCACCUACAACAGUAACAGCACAUGCUUCGGAGUUCAUUGAGACUGCUCAGAGUGUCAUAGCAACGGUUGCUGGAGAUGCAACCGAAGCAACUGUGAUUGAGAGCGGACCCAUGGAUAAGGUUACAGCUGAUGCUUGGGAUGCAACUACCACAGAGGCAUUGGUCUUGGAAGAUUCCAACAUGGACAUUGUUGAUUUAGAUAGCAAGCCACCUGCCGUGGAAGAUAGGUCUCUCCCAAGAGAACAAAAUAUAGCGUAUGACGCACAGGAAGGUCAUAUGCAGGAAGCUGCAGCUGAGGCAACUGUGCUUGAGUUCGACGAUCAUCCGUCAACCUUCCCCAUUGCUUCCAACGCAGUCCAUGCAGAGUUUGUUGGACAAGACUUCCGAUCGUCCAGUCAAGACAUUUGUUCAUCUGCAGUUUAUGAGCACUCAUCAUCUGCUGAUUCGGACUUCCCGCCUGGUAGCAACCACGAGGAUGUGGCAAUACAAAGUGCGGAAGUGAGAGCUGAUGAAAUGAACAAUGCGACUGAAGCCACUGUGAUCAACAGUUCCCAGCUGAAUGAAGCAUGGGACGUGGUAUCUGCAGUAGAAGAAACCUCUGGAACCGAUGUUGUUUUCCCCAGUGGCGAAGCAGAGGUUGUUGGGAUCACUGAGGAUGUGCAUCCUUCUGAACUUGCGUGCAGCGUAAAUAGAGCCGAGCUGGUUGGAACAGAUCUGAACUGCGCAAUUGCUGUUGCUUCAGACCACCAGCACGAAGAAUCAUAUGAUAAUAACUUUGAUACCCAGGUAGAGGAAGCCCAAGUCUUGGAUGAUGCACCUGGGGACACUACUUUUGAACCUGAGUUAAAAGAUGUCCCGAUGCAAGACAAUGAUUGGACAAGCAGAGAUGGCAGUGGCGACAGUUUUGCCAUUGCAGAGGGAGCAGCAGAAGUUGUAGGUAUCACCGACAAUUACCACCCUUCAGAGCUUGUUGGAGAUGCAGCACAAGCUGAGCUGAUGGGAACAGAUUCCAAUUAUGCUGUUGCUGUAGCAUCAAACAUGCAACAGGAGGGCAAUGCUGCACAAGGCUUGAACGAUGCAACUAUCGGUGACGGGGAGUUUGUAGUAGAAGGCCCGGUUGGGGAUGUAGUUGCUACUGAAACGGCUGGGCAAACUGGGGCAGUACCUCGAGAGACUCAUGCAACCUUCAUUGACUACCAAGAGUUCACUCAAGUUGAUGCUUAUGCCGCAGUGAUGGCAGAGCUAGUAGGAGACGACAACAGAUUUAGCAACGAAGAGCCUCCCAUGCCGGUCACUGUGCUAUCUGAACCAGUUGAGAACUUUGACUAUAGUGAUGGCUCAGCACUUCAUGCACGGAAAACGGAGGUACCAAUCGCGAACCAAAACAGUGCUGUAAUUGAAACGAGUGCUGUGCACCAAGAAAUAGCCUUGGACUCAGACCAUCAUUACACGCAAGGUAAUCUAUCGGCAUCUUCUCACAACUCCCCUUCGCAUGUGGUGGCUUCACCAAUGCUGACAAAUUCUGCACCAGCAGCUGAGGCUAUCCAUGGAUCUGUAGAUGCAGACGCUGGUGUGGAUUCAAUUGCAAUUGCUUCUCAGCGGACAACAAGUUCAGGAAGUAUUCGUUUACAGUCGUUUCAUCCAAGCUCUAUUGCAAGGAAUACCAGCAAUGUAAUGGCUAGAAGUACCAGCAGCGUGAUUGAUUUGCUGUUCAGGUGCCAGAAUGUGACAACGAAUGACGAGCUUGCACGAUCGUUAUAUCCUCGAGAACUACUUCCAUCAACAGUUUUGUUUUCAGAAGCUACCAAUUCGUGGGUAACAACAGUCAACACGAACCAAAAAGCUCUGGAGCAAAGGGAUACAGAAGAGAGCGCAAAGUCUGUCAGGGCGUUCUCUGUUCCAACAAGGAAGCAGGCAGUCUGUUUGGCAAAGGCUUGGUCCCCACCAAAAAUGCAUGCCUUUGAAGCAAAUCCAGCUUGUACUAUCUGUGCUUCUCAAUUCAAUGUGUUCAAACGAGCGUCACAUUGUCGAAACUGUGGUAUCUGUGUGUGCAAUAAUUGUAUGGUUCAAUGGCCACAAAAGAUGUUGCCAAUCACGUACAACAUCAAGAAAGAGUCCAUGAUGAAUGUUUGUAAAACAUGCGAUUGGUUGUGUUCUUCCUUUAGAUUGGCGCUUCUUGACGGUGACAAGGAUAGAGCAAUAGCUAUACACUCGACUGGAAAUAUCAAUCUUACAACACCGUUUGCAAAUGUCAAAGGAGAGUUAUUCUAUCCUGUGCACUGCGCAGUAUUGGGAGGGAACCUAGAGCUCUUAAAAUGGUUGAUCGAGGAACACUGCUGCCCACUAAGGUCGAUUCGCAUUAGCAGUUGUAGACAGAGAGAUGCUGCUGGAACGUACACGCCAAUUCUAACUUCCAAAGGCAGAUCUUUGCUGGGAAUCGCACUUGAAAACAGAAAUAUUGACAUAGUGCAUUAUUUGGUGGUGAAAAAACGAAUGAUGCUCACGGCCGAAAAGGGGAUUUCGAAUGAAAUUCUGACGCAAAACUUAGAUCUUGUUCUGAGAGUGUUACCUGAUAAUGCAUUCCACAGGCAGCAAACGUCCCUUCCAGAAGAUCUUGCUAUACCAAUAGACAGUACGAUUGUUAGAUCAAGUAGUGGGAACCAGGGGAUUCAAACAGAGGAUGAUAACGUGAUCACCGCAACAAGUUUGUCUGACGUAGGAGAAGAGAUCGGUACAUCGCGAGAUGAGUGUAUCAUUUGUUUCUCGAACCCCAUCAAUUGUGUCGCAACUCCAUGUGGACAUCAGAUAUGCUGCCUAGAUUGCAGCCGCAACAUUAUUCGGUGUCCAGUUUGUGCUGUUGAGUGCACCUUCAUGCGAGUCUACAGACCCUAG